AUGGUCCGCAUCACUAUCGCAGCUGCCCUGGCUUUCGCCGCCCUCGUCAUGGGUCAGGCCAUCCCCAACAACGCCGGUGCCCGCUCGGUCGGCAACGGUCAGGGCGAGCAGUUCACCACCGGAGGCUGCGUCGCCAACGCCGACUGCCAGGAGGGCUGCUGCGCCAACAACGGCCAGGGUGUCGGUAUCUGCUCUGGCAUCGGUGCCGAGUUCCAGAACGGCAAGCAGGGCUGUGGUUUCACCGACCCUAACGCCCAGGCCACCAUCGCCAAGGCCAAGGCCCAGGUCCAGCGCCAGGGUUUCUAA